UCGAGAGUGGACAUCAGUCGUGUGAACAUGCGCAUUUUAUGAUGGGGUGCUCAAAAACAUGGAUUACGCCAUUUUUAAAGCAGUGCUUCGUCACUGCUGGCGUGUCCCUGAACAUGGCUGGCUCCGGGCUGGUGAUAGGCUUCACCACCGCCUUGCUGGAGCAGCUGAAGAAACCAGGGUCUCUCAUACCCCUUGAUGAUACUUCUGGAUCUUGGGUAGCGGCUAUACCCGGCACGUCUCUGGUCUUCGGGAACUUCAUCGCACCAAAAACGAUGUCGAGAUAUGGCAGAAAGCCUGCCAACCUGAUCAGCAUAGUGCCGCUGAUCAUCAGCUGGGGAGCCAUCUACUUCGCCAACAGCAUCACUAUCCUACUACUGGCCAGAUUCCUCCAGGGAGUCUGCAUGGGCAUGUGCACUUCCCUAGGAUCACUUCUAAUUGGAGAAUACACCAGCCCUAAGAACAGAGGAGCCUUCCUAAUGUCGAUAUCAGUCUCCAUAGCCAUUGCAGUGAUGUCAGUACAUUCUCUAGGAGCCUACUACACGUGGCAAACCACAGCUUUAGUCUGUGGUGGCAUCUCCAUCAUAGACCUGCUCAUCGUGUUAUAUUCACCUGAGUCUCCAAGCUGGUUGGCUCAGAAAGGUCAAUAUGAUGCCUGCAAGCAAUCCUUCCGAUGGCUCAGAGGAGACACCGAAGAAGAAGAACUAAGAAAAAUGAUAGAAGCCAGCAUUUUGCUCAGAGAAGCUAAAGCAGAUAUGCAGCAAACGAAAUCCUGGAUAAAGAAGUUCAGGAACCAAGUGGAGUAUUUUAAGACAACGGUGAAGAAAAAGGAAUUUAUGAAGCCGAUUAUUAUAAUGAUACAUAUAUACAUAUUGGGGCAGUGGAGCGGGAUCAACAUGUUGGUGGCGUUCCCUAUAGACUUGUUCGAUAAGAUGGUAGCGAAGGACUGCAACGUAGCAUUACUAGUGCUCACUUUAGACGUGCACAGAAUAAUAGCAAACACGACAGCGCUGUACGUGAUACAGAAAGUGAAAAGACGGACUAUAUUGGGUGUCACAGUGUGUAUAAAUAUUGCCGCUCUGUUAGCUUGCGCUGCAUAUUCCUAUGCAAAGGAGACCGGUCACAUUGCCGCGGACGAAUUUAGUUUUGGGAUAUCCAUAAUACAUGUUCACAUGUUCGCUGUGGCUACAGGUUCGUUACCACUAUGUUUCAUAAUAGCUGGUGAAAUAUUUCCAUUAGAAUACCGUAGUUUAGCGGGAGGUAUCAGCGUGUUGUUCUAUUCAACGAAUUUAUUUGUUACUAUAAAAACUGCGCCAUUUUUGUUAAGUUCUAUUAAUUUAUAUGGAACGUACUUAAUAUAUGCGUCCUUAAUGAUGUAUGGUUUAUUAGUAGUAUGGAACUUAUUGCCUGAAACGAAGGACAGGACCCUUCAGGAUAUUGAAGAUGAGUUCAGAGGUAGACCGUUGUCUCCUGAGGAGUUGAAGUCAGUGCAAUCUUUAGCUUCUAUAAGAGCAAUCACUACAGAUAGGCGAUGUAGUAAUCCAAUAACUUUAUAACUGUAGAUUUAGGAAAUCUUAGUGUUAAUUAGUCAAUUUUGCCUAUCGACAUACAUUCUGAAUUUAAUUAGAUUAAAGCUGACUAGUUUGAUAGUAUUAAGUGUGUAAGCAAGCAGAUUAUUUUCCAUAAUAGUGUUUAUUUCAAAGAUAUAUGUUGUCUGUCCUGUAUGUUUUAAUAACAUAUCGUAAUGUUUUCAAUACCUAAUAUAAUGUUUAAAUCGCUCUAUAAUUGAACAAAUCACUCUAAGUAUAUCAUAAACCAUGAACCAUGUGAGUAAUUUUAUUUUAAUUGCAUAAUUGUAUAAUUAGAAUUAAAAUGCAGUUAAUUUUGCAAAUUAACUAUGAUUUGUGAUUGUAAAAUAUAUUAGGUAUUUGUUGAAAUACCAUGUUAUUUGUCGGAGUAUAAUAAUUAUUCUUAAACAUGAAUUUAUAUUGUAUAACCCGGUCAAAUUAGCUUCAAAAAUAGGGGUAAGUUUUCGCACCUUGUGCGAAUUAAUGUAACCUUGAAUGUUUAAUUUGACCGGAAUAGUAGGUGUGUACUUAACCCAAAACUGAUAUUGAAUUAUAAGUACCUAGGUAGAUAAUUGUGUAACUUAAAUUGUAGUCAUGACCAAAAUAUUAUAUAAAGGUAAUCUACUUUUGUUCUAAAUUUCAAGCCGGUUCCUUCAGCUGUUUUGAUGUGAAUGAACUGAGUAACAAAAAUACACACAAACACGCACACUGACAAACACAUUUUUUCCCAUUUAUAAUAGCGGUUAAAGCUAAUUUCAACCAUUGGCUCUACAGUUACAGCAGGAACCUAACAGUCUACUAACUUGUAUUUACGUUUGGUACAGUAACUGGAUCGAGCCCCACAAUUAAGUUUGUUUUUUGUAUAUUCUUAUACUUUUUCGGGAUGAAAGUAGUGUUACGUACAUACAGACAGACAAACGUUCUACAAUCACAUUUUUGACCAGUUAGGUGCUCAAUAAAAUCCUAAUUAAUUAACUGAUAACUAAGAAAUAUAUAAACAAAAAACUAUUUUUUAUAAUAACUAUCGUGAGACAUACUAGAGCUUUUCUCAGUAUAUUCACGUGAGUAACCCGCGUUUUUACUUAAUUUAAAACUAUUUUGUUUCUUUUUUUAAUAAAUCUGACCAAAAUGACAUUCAAUUACCUAUACCUAA